AUGUAUAAUUCUAAGCAGAUUAAGGCACUCUCGUAUAACCAGCCACCCCGCCGCAAUUUCGCUAUCCCUGCCACAAAUUCAAACUUCUCAGUUCAUCCCGAGAUAGCUGCACGAACCCCACCAUAUGAAAAACUUAUAAAGAACCUCACAGAGGUCCGCCGAGUCCUUGGGACACAAGGGCUCACACUUGCGGAAAAAAUUCUUUAUUCCCAUCUCGACAAUGUUGAGGACAGUCUUGGUGGCCGGGAUGGCAAGAUUCGCGGGGAGGCACACCUGAAACUCAAAGUGGAUCGGGUGGCAAUGCAAGAUGCUAGUGCUCAGAUGGCCCUUUUACAAUUCAUGACCUGUGGCCUUGGAGAGACCGCCGUCCCGGCAUCAAUUCAUUGCGACCACAUGAUUGUUGGAGAGAAAGGAGCAGAUGUCGAUCUCCCUCGGAGUAUUGACGGCAAUAAAGAAAUAUUUGAUUUUCUGGGGUCCGCGGCUAAGAGGUUUGGAAUUCAGUUCUGGGCGCCAGGGUCGGGAAUUAUCCACCAGAUUGUGUUGGAAAAUUAUGCGGCUCCCGGGUUGAUGAUGCUCGGGACAGACUCUCAUACCCCUAACGGAGGAGGACUUGGAGCAAUUGCCAUCGGUGUUGGUGGCGUCGAUGCAGUUGACGCAUUGGUUGAUGCUCCUUGGGAACUUCGUGCACCCAAAAUACUUGGAGUUCGCCUAGAGGGUGAAUUAGGUGGAUGGGCAACACCGAAGGAUGUUAUACUUAAUAUAGCUGGGAAAUUGACUGUUCGGGGAGGUACAGGUUACAUUAUCGAAUAUCAUGGGCCUGGAGUGGAAACUCUCAGUUGCACGGGCAUGGCUACAAUUUGUAAUAUGGGAGCUGAAGUAGGAGCGACCACCUCUUUAUUUCCAUUCACCUCCAAAAUGGCCUCUUACCUAAAUUCUACCCGCCGAGCUCCGAUUGCAGAAGCCGCGGAAGAAACGAACAUAUCCCACAGUUUCCUCCGCGCGGACACAAACGCAGUCUACGACCAGAUGAUCACAAUCAACUUAUCAGAACUAGAGCCGCACAUCAAUGGACCUUUCACACCGGAUCUUUCCACACCGCUCUCUAAAUUCAAGGAUGCCGUUAAAAAGAAUAAGUGGCCAGAGCAAUUAUCCGCCGGUUUGAUCGGUUCCUGCACCAACAGUUCUUAUCAAGACAUGCUUAGGGCUGAGGACCUGGUUAAUCAGGCAGAAGCUGCCGGAUUGAAGCCUAAGGUGGACUUCUUUGUUACUCCGGGCAGUGAGCAGAUUAGGGCUACCCUGGAGCGGGAUGAGACACUGGACAUUUUCGAGAAGGCUGGCGGAACUGUUUUGGCAAAUGCCUGUGGACCUUGCAUUGGUCAAUGGGAGAGGAGCGGCAUCUCGAAGGAUGAUACAAACGCAAUUCUUACCUCAUACAACAGAAACUUCCGUGCGAGAAAUGACGGAAACUCACAGACAAUGAACUUUCUGGCAUCCCCCGAGAUCGUAACGGCGAUGAUUUACUCCGGCGACAUGUCCUUCAACCCAAUAACUGACACACUCCCCACCCCAUCCGGCCACCCCUUCAAAUUCAGCGCUCCCUCUGGUUCUGAACUCCCCUCCCAAGGCUUCGAGCUCGGAAACCUCGCCUUCAUUCCUAACAACUCCGCACCCUCCCCUUCCACACCCGUUGUUGUCUCCCCAACUUCCUCCCGCCUUGCCCUUCUUGAGCCCUUUGAACCAUUCGGCAUCACGGAUCUAAAAGGGUUAAAAGUCCUCUUCAAAGUCAAAGGGAAAUGCACAACAGACCACAUCUCUGCUGCUGGCUCCUGGCUAAAAUACAAGGGCCACCUAGAAAACAUCUCAAAUAACACCUUAAUUGGUGCGAUGAACGCGGAAACCGGGGAGGUGAAUAAAGCGUACGACGCCAACGGUGACGCCUUCUCUAUUCCAGACCUCGCCCGGCGCUGGAAAGCGCAGGGCGUGUCCUGGCUGGUUGUCGCAGAGAAUAACUACGGCGAAGGAUCAGCCAGGGAGCACGCAGCGCUGCAGCCAAGGUACUUGGGCGGGAAGAUUAUCCUAGCAAAGUCGUUUGCGAGAAUCCACGAGACAAACUUGAAGAAGCAGGGCGUUGUGCCAUUGAUAUUUGCUAACGAGGCGGACUACGGCUUGAUUAGUUCCUGCGACAGCGUUGAUACGGUAGGGCUAUACGAUAUGCUGGUCAAUGGUGGGGAUGGCGAGGUGUUCCUAGAUGUUACCAAGAGAGUGGAUGGGAGUAGACAUAGGAUUCCCGUCAAGCACACUUUUAGCAAGGAUCAGGCUGGGUUUGUACUUGCUGGAUCGGCGUUGAAUUUAUUAUCCAAGAGGGCAGCUACCGCUUGACAGUCCCGUGGGAGAUGUCUCUACUGGAGAUUUUCUAUCACAUUUUUUUGUUUAUAUGUUUCUGUUUCCAUUAUUCCUCUUGAGAGAUGAGCUUCUUUUUGUUGAAUGGUCUGAGACAAUUUGGGGGGGUCAACCUUGUUCUUUAGCUUUGAGAUCGUGUUACCUCCAAUACAAUACUCUCGCA